AUGGGCGGAGCCGAGCUUUUUGGAAAACAAGGACAACACAUUCAACACACAAUGGAGGAAAUGGAUUAUGUUCCAGAAGACAUUGAAAGCAUAUUUGACUAUGCAAAGGAGCCGCCAUUAGUUCCUCCACAUCUACAAAUGACUUUGCUCAAUGUUCCAUCAUCCCACAUGGAGAUUCCACCUCCUUUUUCAAGACCUCAGCAUGUUGUGGUUAACCAUCUUUACAUGCAGAAAAGGAGGAGCUGCCCAUCAGUGGUGGCACUUGGUUCAACUCAUCGGUUUCUAGCCAAAAAUGUAACUGUGGUACUCCACAAGUCCAAACAGAGUUGGAAAGGAGACAACAAGAAGAAACUCUAA